AGCAUCACACCAACACCACCAAUGGCCGCCCCAAUCUCAGAGUAUAAAGAUCGAGAAUUCCUCGCAGUGAUAGGCGAUGAAGACUCAGUAACCGGUAUCCUUCUCGCUGGUGUGGGCCACGUCACCGAACCUCCCGACAGUCAAAAGAAUUACCUCGUUGUCGACGCCAAAACCGAAGAUUCGACAAUCGAAUCGGCUUUCAAGGCUUUUACGAAAGAGAGGAAGGAUAUUGCGAUUUUGCUAAUAAACCAACAUAUCGCGGACAGAAUACGAGGACAAGUAGACGGAUUCGCAGAAGCAUUUCCUUCGGUGUUGGAGAUUCCGAGCAAAGAUCACCCGUAUGAUCCUGAGAAGGAUAGUGUUAUGAAGAGGGUUAGGAAGUUGUUUGGAGAGUAGACAGACAUCUCAUGAAACGAGAGGCGAGACAUGGUGUUCAAGGGCAUGGGCGAUACGUUGAGGUGGCUGGGGAGGGAAAUGCGGCGAGGCAGACGAGAUACCAUAUGCAUGUACGAGAUACAAGAAAUAAGGCGAUGAUCGUAUCCUAGGAUUCAUUCACG